UCUCAGAGAGGCCAUAAUAAAGAAAUGAAAAUACAGAAAAUCAAAAGGACAAAAAAGAAUAUCAAAGGGUAAAAUUAUCAGUUUUUUUCUCCCUCCAUAAAACUGAAAAUAAGAGGGGCUUAUGGUUCUUCUUCCAAAAGUCUCUGUUUUGACCAUGGUCCAUCUUCAUCUCCCCUCUCCUUCUUCCCGUUUUCCUCUUUUCUCCUUCUAAUAACUUUCCUCUUAAAUCUCUUUUAUUAUUGUCUUACAUUCACAUUCUCCUCCCCCAAUAUAAUUCUCUCCUUAUAUCCAUAAUCUUUCUUCAAUUGUCUGAUGAUUUGGUUUUUUCUCCAAAAACAUUGAGGUUUUAUAUUCAUAUCCCAAUUAUGGGUAAUAACUGUUUUUCCAGCUCAAAAGUUAGUGGUUCUAACAGCAACACCCCCUCCACCACCACCACCACCGUGAAUGUCCGGAUGAACACAGCCAAUCCACCUUCUACAUCCACAAUUACAUCAACAAAACAAGAAGGGUCUCAUUGCAAUAAACAGAAAGUUAAAGAUAACCACAGAAGCCAACACCAAAAACAACAACCUAGAAAUUCUCAGCAAAAUGUUAAGAAGCACAAUAAUGGGAGGAGGCAGAAGAGUGGGGUUAUUCCUUGUGGGAAAAGAACAGAUUUUGGGUUUGAUAAAGAUUUUGAUAAGAGGUUUACCAUUGGCAAGUUGUUGGGUCAUGGCCAAUUUGGUUACACCUACGUUGCCACCCACAAGUCUAAUGGUGAUCGCGUCGCUGUCAAGAGAAUUGAGAAGAACAAGAUGGUUCUUCCGAUUGCAGUUGAGGAUGUAAAACGAGAAGUCAAGAUAUUGAAGGCCUUAUCCGGUCAUGAGAAUGUGGUUCAAUUCAAUAAUGCAUUUGAGGAUGAUAACUAUGUCUACAUAGUAAUGGAGUUAUGUGAGGGUGGAGAACUCUUGGACCGCAUUUUGGCCAAAAAGGACAGCCAUUAUGCCGAGAAAGAUGCAGCAAUAGUUGUACGUCAGAUGCUAAAAGUUGCGGCUCAAUGUCAUUUACAUGGUUUGGUGCAUCGUGAUAUGAAACCUGAGAAUUUUCUCUUUAAAUCUCCAAAGGAGGAUUCACCAUUGAAGGCCACAGAUUUUGGUCUUUCAGACUUCAUAAGACCAGGGAAGAAGUUCCAAGAUAUUGUUGGCAGUGCAUAUUACGUAGCGCCAGAGGUAUUAAAGCGUAGAUCAGGACCCGAAUCAGAUGUGUGGAGCAUUGGUGUUAUUACAUACAUUUUGCUCUGUGGCCGUCGGCCCUUCUGGGAUAAAACAGAGGAUGGCAUAUUCAAGGAGGUACUAAGAAACAAGCCUGAUUUUCGUCGUAAGCCAUGGCCAACUAUAAGCAACAGUGCUAAAGAUUUUGUUAAGAAAUUGUUGGUGAAGGAUCCUCGUGCUAGACUUACUGCUGCCCAGGCCCUAUCUCAUCCAUGGGUUCGCGAAGGAGGUGAUGCAUCUGAGAUUCCACUGGACAUCUCCGUCUUAUCCAACAUGCGACAAUUUGUCAAAUACAGUCGAUUAAAACAGUUUGCUUUACGGGCAUUGGCUAGCACAGUUGAUGAGGAGGAACUGGCAGAUGUCCGGGAUCAGUUUUCUGCAAUUGAUGUGGAUAAAAAUGGUGUCAUUAGCCUUGAAGAAAUGAGACAGGCCCUUGCUAAGGAUCUUCCCUGGAAGAUGAAAGAGUCACGGGUUCUUGAGAUUCUUCAAGCGAUUGAUAGUAACACAGAUGGGCUAGUUGAUUUCCCGGAGUUUGUCGCAGCCACUUUACAUGUCCACCAGUUGGAGGAGCAUAAUUCUACAAAAUGGCAGGAAAGAUCGCAAGCUGCUUUUGAGAAAUUUGAUGUUGAUAGAGAUGGAUUCAUAACUCCGGAAGAACUUAGAAUGCAUACCGGCCUAAAGGGCUCCAUAGACCCACUUCUAGAAGAAGCAGAUAUUGACAAAGAUGGGAAGAUAAGCUUGUCAGAAUUUCGUAGGCUUCUAAGAACUGCAAGUAUGAGUUCACGGAUGGUGACUAGUCCAACUGUUAGAGGCUCUCGGAAAAGUUAGCUUCGUAAAGGUGCAUAGAAGUGAGUGUUUAGAGAAGUGAAAGUCCUCCGUGAGAAAAUUUUGGUGGAAGUUCCUGUUGGUUUACGUGUUCUCAUGUGCUGUUCUCUGCUGCCAUUCUCUAUAUAGAGGUCUCUAAGAUGAAUGGUAUUUCAGAGACCUUUGGCCCAAUGGCCUUGUGUAGCCAGCGGCCGCCAUGCCAAGCGCGGUUCCCACAGAGUUUGCCUUUGUAAUCCAGAAAGGUAUUUGGUUUGAAAUUGCUUCUUCUAAACAACCAGCAGCAAUAUCUGUAUUCUGGUCGUUUUAGUGUACAUUCUUUUCCCCUGUCCUGAGUCUAUGCAUUUCCCUUUGAUAGUGUAAUUAAUACUAUGUCAUUAUUAUAGAUUAUAUCAUCAAUGAGAAUCGGCUUUAUCAAAAUAUUUGUUCA